UGUAAUUGACACCUGAUUGCAUGGCUCGUAUCGGAACCAGAUAUCGAGAUGACCUCAUCGUGGCACUCUCCAACUCGUACACCCUUCUCAAUCUCACAGCCAAGUCCGUGAGCAUUGCUGAGCAAUGUCCGUGGGCGGGACCAUCGCCGUAGCGUGCGCGCUAACACUGCUCCUUGCCAUGUGCUUUGGCUGGUUGGCACGCCGUUCGUUCAAGAAAUUCGAGCGUGAGGCAGAGCUCAACGCGCCGCUCAUCGACUCAGACCAUAGACGUCUGGAUGCAGCGUUGAGAGAUGCUGAAGAAGGAUUUAAUAAGUGCGCAGUCUGUGAGUUUGAGAACUUCAAACGUUGUCAAUUUUGUGCGAUUUGUGGGGAGCUGAUGAGGAAAAGGGACGACGAAGGAGACAGUGAAGGCGCCGCAGAAAAGAAGAAAACACCAGUGAAGCUCUCACUAUUGUCAAUAUUCCGACGUGAAAGUGAUGUGCAGCUUGCCGCAUCUGCAUCUAUCUCGACACUCACGAAUCAUGCCACUCGCCGUCGUGUACGCGCUCAGAGACGAAAGGAGUGGACGCGCAAGCAGGACGUCGAAGGCCGAAUGUACUGGUUUCGUGAUAGCCGCUUAGUUAAGACUGACGCACCUCCCGCGGCAUUUGUUGCAAAGUUUGAGCGUGCAAGUACAGGUCCCGUCAUUGACAAGUGUUUUUGGUCUCAACUACUCCCCAACACCCAGGACUCCAAAAGAUUACCACCUACCACACCCACAAGUCAAGAUCAAUCGAAAGAUGAUAAAAUAACGUCGCCAACGCAUUCACCACACCAUGAAGAUAGUGCUUCAAGUAUUCCCAGCACUCCCGAACCCGAAUCAGGUCUUGGAGAUGGUAACCAAACGCGUCAGAAACCUACGUUAAGACCCCUUGAGCGGCGCAUGGCGAGUUUGAAGAAGUCCGUACAGAAAUUGGAAUUGGUGCUUGUACCAACUUCCGAUAUUGCCGUGGAUGCCUCAAAACUACCCCUCACUAUCUCAAUCGGUCCAAAGCUUACGGCAUCGUAUCCGACUGAAGACGACAUCCCAGAAACUACUGAAACGCCGAAAUCUGUUACAGAAUUCAUGGCAUUCGCCAAACGAGACUUCCCCUCCAAGUAUGCACACUUUGUAAUGAGUGCUUCAAGCCUAUUGGUUCCUGUUGAUAAAGAACACCUACGACUUAAUGUCGAACGUGCAAAGGUGUUCAUGGAUUCGAUGGAAUCUCUCGCUGUUAUUCCGCUUCGAAAUUUACAUUCUGUAAUGCGUAUAAACUUCAUUGACGAGAACGGUAUCGAUGCUGGAGGGCUUCAACGUGAAUGGUUCGUUAUGCUCAACGAGGCGCUAGUGGAUCCAGCACAUGGACUCUUUGUGUGCACCAACAAGAGCGAGCAGACCUACUUUUUAAGACCGUGCUCGAACGUGGAUGAUCUCCCUCGCCAGCUAUUCCACCUCUUAGCAGCUGGUCGUUUACUUGGACGAGCUUUGCUAGAGGGAUCAAUGCUGUGCUUUCACUUAGCUCCACCACUUCUGAAGCUGAUCUUGGGUUAUCCAUUGAGUUUUUCGGAUUUGGAGGAUUUGGAUCCUGAAAUGUACAGUAAUUUGCGGUGGCUUCUGGACAAUGAUAAUGUGGACUCAUUAGGGAUCGACUUUACUGUCACCGCCAAGGAUGGAGACACAUACCACACGAUUCAACUCGUACCCGGUGGAAAGAAUCUCGCCGUCUCCGACAGCAACAAACAUGAGUAUGUGGAACGCAAGUGGCAAUACUUAUUAGUGGAGAGUAUAGCACCCCAGCUACAAGUUUUUCUUCGGGGGAUUUACGAAAUCAUUCCUCGCGAACUCCUUUUGCUCUUUGAUCCGGAGGAAUUCGACUUUUUGUUAUGUGGUUCUGAAGAAAUCGAUGUGGACGAUUGGGAGCGCAAUACCAAAUAUUCAGAAGGGCUUCAUCACACUCGAGUUCUCAAGUGGUUCUGGGAACUUGUACACGAGAUGCCGAACGAAUAUCGCCGUCGAUUGCUGCAGUUCGCGACAGGGUCGUCACGUGUACCGCUCGGUGGUUUCGGCGCGUUGACAAGCUAUGACGGUCGUCUAUGCCCAUUCACACUGAAAGUUGUGCCGCUCGUCGGAGGCGGCUUUAUUCACAGUCAUGCUUGUUUUAAUCGGUUGGAUUUACCGCUUCACGUGACCCGAGAUGAGCUGAAGGCUGUACUGCACGCCAUACUGGAGACAGAGGCCUAUGGCUUCACGACGGACUGAUAAUAUUCUCAAUUUGCCAAUUGAAUAAAGUAGAAUCGUGCUCUAAAUUGCAAUUUGUUAGUGUAGGUGGUGACUCGACUGGAACCAAGCAAGCUGGUUACCAGCCUGGUAGGCGUCGAGUAAUCGUGUCAACUUACUCGUGUACCGUCCGAAAAGGUGCACACUCAUCUGCUGUACCGCCAAAUGUAACCAC